AUGGUCCACAUUUUAGUCAAAUACCUCCUCAGUAAUUUCUACCGGUACUGCGCCUGUUCAUUGCUUUACAACUUUGGAGCUUUUCUUUUUUGGAUUGUUGUUCCUCUUAUCGCAACAAAACAAAACGCAACAAAUUGGGACUUGGCUAUUAUUAACGCCAUUAACUUUGGUUGCUGUUUCUUGCUCUCGUGGGUGUGCGGUUUCAUUAACAACUUUUUGCCGGGGUGGUUACUUGCUCGAAUUGGUGUUGCCAUUUAUAUAGCCGCGUGCAUUCUAUUGAUGUUCAUCAACGACAACUUAUGGAUUUUGUGGAUUAUGGGAGUUAUGUACGCAUUUUCAUAUGUACUCUUCUGGAUUCCAAUCCAAACAUCAAUUUCACGUGAAAGCACUGCAGGAGAUGCCGAAUUCUGGUUGGGUAUAUUCUCCGGUAUGUGGACAUUUGGGCAAGCCCUUGGAUAUCUCUGUGGCGCUUUCCUCUUUACCAAACUUGGAAUUGUCCAAGCACUUUCUAUCUCUAUUGCUUCUUUGGUGAUUGUCUUUGUUAUCUACCCAUGUUGGGAAGGAAGUACUAUCUUUGGUGUCGACCUUGGAUGGGAACAGAAAGAGAAGAAAGAUAAAAAGAAGAAGAACCUUCCUGUCAUUUGGCAGAUGGGUAAAACCGAGAGAGCUCGUCUUAAAAAGCGUACAAUGCAGUUCCUUAUUCCUGCCUUUGUGUGCACAAUCACUUGUUAUGGUAAUUUGUUGACUUACGGGUCACAGUAUUUCAAUAGAAUAUUUGAUACAAAAGAUGGAUACUUCCCAUCAAUGGAAGGUGAAGAUGAUAGAUAUGAUAUCUUCAUUGGUGUCUUCUUCUGUAUUAUUUACUUGAUGUACACCGUCGGUAUCUUAGCUGUUGCACAAAUGAAGUUGUUGUUCUUUAACCGAGGACUGAUGUACUUCUUCAUGAUAGUCUCUAUUAUCAAUCACUUCAUUUGUGGCACCGUGUCGCACUGGAUUGCUCAAUUGGUGUGUGCAAUCUUUUUGGGGUUGUGUGGAGCUUAUUCAUUCCAAAAUGUGUUGAUCACUACUUCAAGACUGUCAAUGCUCACUUCGCAAAUUUCAUCAAUUUAUGUCGGGUUACAGGAGUCACUCACUUACAAUUUAGUCGCAUUCUCUUUACCAUUGAUAGUAGGACCUAUCUCUGAUAAGUUGAAAGAUUACAGAAUCCCAAUGUAUGGAUGUGCUAUUGUUGGUGUCGCAUCGUUGUUGUUGUCGGAAACUUCAUGGCAAAUAUUCGACAUCUUCAUUAUUAGAAAGAUGGACAAGGAGGACGCUAACCAAGUUAUAACAUUAUGUGACGAUAUCAUAGCCAACCAAAAGGCAGAAAGCUACAUCAAUAACCCCGGUUUAUACAACCAAUUCUGUAGAGACAACUUUUUGACCCCAAAACAGGUCUCUGUCCUUAUGGCUCGACUCAAAAGAAAAACAGCGUGA